UUCUCUCUCCUCUCUCUCUCUCUCUCUCACCCUAAGAGAGAGAAUCGCCAUUAAUGGCGGCGACGGAGCCCCAAGGAGGUAGUGGAGGGUCCCUGGGCUUCCUCGGCCUAUCCAUCCUCAGCUUCCGCCGCACGACUCCGCCCUCAUUCGCCGCCGCCGACCACUUCGUCGGCGCCGGAGACGACGGCGACGACGGAGGCGACCUCGAGGGGUUCCAAGCGCUCGUCGCCGAUCUCCUCCUCUCGCUCCUCCCCGCUCCCUCCUCAGGUGAUCUUCUCGUAACCCUAGACUUCCUCUCGCGCCUCCUCGACGCGCUUCUCGCGUGCGAGCUCCGGUUCCGCUCCCUCAUCCUCUCCGCCGCCGCGCGAAACCCUAGCGCCCUCUCCCGCCCCCCGCUUGACGUCAAGGCCCUCGACCUCUGCAACGCCGCCUCCCUCGCCCUCCUCUCCCUCCGCCCCUGGCGCCGCCACGCCCGCAUUGCCGCCUCCGCCCUCCUCCUCCAAAACCCUAACCCUAAUCCCAACCCCCGCCUCCGCCGCGCCCGCCGCGCCCUCGACAAGCUCCUCUCCGACCCCGUCCUCCUCCGCUCCCCCUCCUUCGGAUCCGCUGGAUCCAGCGGCGGCGCCCACGCGCGCUCGCUCUCGUGGAGCGUGUCAAAGAACUGGGCGGCGGGGCGGCCAAUCCCGCCGCCGCAACCGGCGGCGGAUCUCUCCGGCGGCCUCGCCCUCGCCGUGUACACGAUGAGCUCCGUCCUCGGCCUCGCCAUGUGGGCGCUCGCCGCCGCCGUGCCGUGCGGCGGCUGCGGCGCCGGCGCCCCCACGGCCUUCUCCCCGGCGGCGGCGCCGCCGCGGAUCCUCCGGUGGGCGGCGGCGAUGGCGGCGCUCCAGGAGCGGAUCGCGGAGGAGCUGCGGCGCCGCGAGCAGAAGGGCGGCGCGGUGGGGUUGCUUGCGGAGAUGCAGAGGGUGGAGAGGAGCGGGAGGUCACUAAUGGCGAUGGUCGGGGAGGAGGAGGAGGAGGAUACUACAAGUGUGAGGGAGGAGGACGAUGCGGUGUCGGCAGCAGCGGCGGAGCUGGAUGCGGCGUGCCGGGCGAUGGAGGCAGGGCUGGGGCCACUGGAGCGGCAGGUGCGCUCCGUGUUCCACCGCAUCGUCCGCGGCCGCACGGAAGUGCUCCAUUGCUUGGGCCACUCCGUCACCGCAGCCGCCGCCCCCCGCGCUUCUCCGCAAGCAAACUCAGCUGCUUCAGCUUCUGCUGCUUCUGCUUCAGCUUCUGCUGCUUCUGCUGCUGCUGCUAUUAUUCCAGUUGCUCUGGAAAGGGAGGUAUAAAUCAAUACCUGCAACCAAUCAACGUUGUGCUCUCAGGUUAUUCUUCAUUUAAGGUUUAAUUCAUGUUCAAUUGCACCGUUAGUUUCCAAUCUCUUAUAUUUAUUUGGCAAAAUUUCACUUUUGGUUUUCAAACUACAAACCGCGCUGACACUUUCGUUAUCAAACUUUAAUUUAUUAUAAUUUCCAGUGCAAAUUUUAUAAAUUAUUAUAAUUAGUUCUCAAAACUUUAAUCUCACAUUGUAAUUAUUAUUGUAUUAUCAAUCAUAAUGCAAUAAUAUUACUUUUAUAUUAUCCGCAUAUUAAUACUGAGUGAAAUAAAUUUGGUCACGGAAUUUAAUUAUAAUAAUUUAGAAAAUUCAAGUCAAAAAUUAUAACAAAUUAAAGUUUGAGGAUUAAAGCGCGAGGGCCUUAUAGUUUGAGGGCCAAAGGUAUAAUUUAGGCAGCUUUAUUACCACAUGGCCCAUGCAAAUAUUUUUCGAAGCUCACAUGGCGUUUUCCAUGCAUGUUAAUGGUUGAUUAAAAUAAUUAAAUAUAUGUUAUUCGAUUGCAAAAAUAUAAAACGUGGGAGACCAAAGUGAUUAAUUGGAGACCAAUGGUGCAAUUAAUUAACUAUAUACUUUUUUAAAAAAAUUAUUUUACU